GCGAGCAGCCGCCGCUGCAGCAGGCAUUUGGCAAGCGCGGAAGUCAGAAAUAGAAGAGGGAGGAGAAGGAAGGUCGGAGGACUGCGGGACCGCUUGACAGUGCCAGGCCGCGCUGGUAGUGCGCGCAGGUGCGCUGGGGACUCAGUUUUUAAGCUGAGACAGCAGGCGGGGUUUGUGUGCCAUCACCUGCCCUUUCUUCUCCCUUUGAGUACAAACCUGCGUGUACAUCCUGGCUCCCAGUGGCCCCUGCUUUCUUCCAGAUUUGCUCCAUUGGAUAUCCAUCAACAUACCUCUGCAGGUGCUUUUUGGUUAACAGUUGGAGCCCUCAAGCAAUAUGCCAGAACAGAGCAAUGAUUACCGGGUGGCUGUAUUCGGAGCAGGUGGUGUUGGCAAGAGCUCCCUAGUCUUGAGGUUUGUGAAAGGUACGUUCCGGGAGAGCUAUAUCCCCACUGUGGAAGACACCUACCGGCAGGUCAUCAGCUGUGAUAAGAGCAUCUGCACAUUGCAGAUCACAGACACUACGGGCAGUCACCAGUUUCCCGCUAUGCAGAGGUUGUCCAUUUCCAAAGGGCAUGCCUUCAUCCUGGUGUACUCCAUCACCAGCCGGCAGUCCUUGGAAGAGCUUAAACCCAUUUAUGAACAAAUCUGUGAGAUCAAAGGGGAUGUGGAGAGUAUCCCCAUCAUGCUAGUGGGUAACAAGUGUGAUGAGAGCCCGAGCCGCGAGGUAGAGUCCAGUGAGGCAGAGGCCCUGGCCCGCAAGUGGAAGUGUGCUUUCAUGGAGACCUCGGCCAAGCUCAAUCACAACGUGAAGGAGCUUUUUCAGGAGCUGCUCAACCUGGAGAAGCGCAGGACUGUGAGCCUACAGAUCGAUGGGAAAAAAAGCAAGCAACAGAAAAGGAAAGAAAAGCUCAAGGGCAAAUGUGUGCUCAUGUGAAUGCCCUUUUCAUGUCCCCUGGAAUCUCGCCUUCCUCCUUUCCCCUGAAACCCACCAUUGUCAGGGUAGCAUGUAAGAUGCCCAUAUGUUAUAUAUUGCAUUUUGACCGAAAUGUGCCCUAUUGUCCCUAAGAGGGCAUUUUACACCACCAACAAUAAGCGCCCCUCUUCAGAACCAGGGAAUCUUCCAGAUGGUUAAAAUGAAAACCAACAUGCUUGGCCUCGCAGGGAGCUGAGAGGUGCCAGCAUUCUCUGAAGGCAUCAUGUGCCAUCAGGAGGUAGUGUGAGCUGAGGGGAGCCACUGUCACCUGCAUGUGUGCCUGAGCAUGUUCACCUGGAGCUGCAGGUGCUACCACAGACCAGGCCUUUCCCUCUGCUCAGCAGUCAGUGCCUCCUUGGGGGAAGGGAGAGGCUGGAGGAAGUGAAAAGACCACGCCAAAAUCUCUUUAUUUCAUGGUUCUUUAGCUGGAUUAAAAUAGAAUAACAGCCUCCCCUAGAGGAUGUUCUCUCCAAUGCCCAGCUGACCUAUGCACCUUGCUUCCCAGUGGGAGUGUACUCACCUCACUAGGCCUAAUUAGCAGCUUUUGGUUUAACCUUUUACAGAGUUUCUUUUCACACACAAUGAUGAGCUCACUACAAGUGUGCUGCUCUGUCAGGAAUUCUUCAGUGCAUGAGUGAGGAUAUUGUGACUUUAUGAAUACCCCGCACUACUCCUGUGUUAGACUCAAGGGUUUUACAUGUGAAGUUUCCUUCCUUUAACCCAUGAAGGAUAUAACUUCUUCCAGCUCUCAGAUUUUAAAUAAAGGCAAUUAAAGCAGACAUUUCUGUUUUCCUCCAAGAUGGAUUUCUUCUUUCAAAUAACUGGAUAUGUAUCCAGCUGGGCAACAGCUGACAAAGGCCAUCUGAAAACCAGAAGCACAUUUCUUUUCUCAGUGACACAGACAUGUGUAUGCCAUACUUUGCACCUUAAUGAAAUAUUUUCAAACAAAUUUUUCACUGUGUUUCAAUGAGCUAUCUAUAACAGUAUAUUUCUGGAAAAUGUCUUCAAAUAAUAGUAGAUUAUCUUAGAUUUUCCAUUAUAAAUGCCUCCUAAGAGCUGUUCAGUGCCGUGUUCACUUGGGAAACAAUUAUGUUUUUCUCAUAAUGAUCUCAUGUGCAUCCUAAUCCUUCAGACUGAAUUACAGCCAUUACCACUUCCUGCCUGCUGGCUUGCAGACAGGAUGGUGGUUGGAGACAGGCAGGACAGCGCCUACUGUCUUCAGUUGCUCUGCUAUCCUCGAGUCUGCUUCCUGAAAAUUCCCACUGAAAGCCUGUGAAUUCUCUCAUCAUUUCCAGUGAGUAUAGCCAAUGCUGGCCCCGAAUACAGAACUUUCCUUGCAGCAGUCCUUCCUGUGGCCCACCCAGCAGGCACAGGAAGUUAAGUGCCCACUAGGCUUGUGCAGGGAGCUCCCUAGCUGUGAGUAGCAGCACCAGCUGGGGCAGAGUCAUCAAGUGCGGGAUGAUGGCAUGCACACCCUGUGGGUCUCCUCACAUGGCACCUGCCCCUCCUGAGCAGGGCUGAGGCAGCAGCAACUGGGCAGCAAAUUCUAAAUUUACUGCCUCUGGUUAAAUUGCCCUUGCCUAUGUCUCAUCCUUUCUACUCUUUUAAUAACUCUCCCUUGGGAUGUAUUUAGUGUGUGGGAGUUGCCUUGAGAACCAUUUGUUCUGUGAUCUUCCCACCACGAUGGCCUCCAAGAGCAAAUCCUGAGCAGGGAGGGUAUGGAAGCAACCUGGGUGUCAGUGGGGUCACGCAGAACCCCUCUCCAGGCCCUCUCCAAGUCCUAAUGGGUGUGCCCUCCUGUGGGCUUGUCCUGUUCCAGGUGGCUGACCCACAGCCCUCACAGUGAAAUUGAAUUGGUGGAUUUUCUAGGACAUUUGUGUUUCAACUUGUCUCUACCUUUUUUCUAUUUCUAUAAUCAGAGAAAUAUAAUCAAUUUUUAAUUUGGCUAUGGGUUAAGUGGAAAAAGAAACAGGGCUUCAUGUUCAACAUGGAAUUUAGAGGUCUUGGGUGGGUGUUUUGCUAACAGUAAAAUGUGUGAUUUCCCACAGACUGUCAUGUCCAUAAGGCUUCCAGUGUGUGCUUUCCCUGCCAAUUGUCUGGUUCCCACUGAUGUAAGUCAGAAUUGCUUUUUGCCCUAUCAAGGCAGUGUCUACAUUUUUAACUGUUUAGAGCUUCAUCAAUACGAGAAACUUGUCAUUAGUGAAAAUCUGAUCUCAUUCAGGACACAUUUUAUUCUUCUGCAUUUUGCCUAUGAGUUUACAAGAAGGCUAUUGACGCUUCAGUCAUGGGUCUUUGUUCUGAGAUCAUUUUCUGUGAACGGAACUGAUGGUAUUGUGAUUAAGGCAAAUAGUCUUUCAGAAGUUCCAUAAUUGAUUCAGGGCUUGAGGAGAUAGUUCCACAGAAUCGGAUGUUGUUAGCAUUUAUGUGAUCCCAUCUUGAAUAUGUAGUUGUGGUUCUUGAGGAUGCAACCUAUGUUGCAUAUGGGCACAGAAGUUUUGACCUAGCACAGUAAGUCAAAAACUCAAAAUAUUGCUUUGAAGAUGGCACUCCGGAGAUAAGCUUGGGGCUCUCCUGUGUUCCCUUCUGUCCCCACCAGUCCUUCCUUCAUCCAGUGACAAGCCAUGGGCAUGUGGGCAUGCCUGCAAUACAGCAAGACCAGUACAAGAGCAAUAUUGAAUUGUUAUCAGAUCAAAAUUAUAACAACAUAUACAUAUAUAUAUAUAUAAUUUAUCUUCCUGCAUUUUUGAAGUAUAAAGUAAUACAUUGUACAUAUCCAAAAGUUAGUAUAUUUGUUUCACUGUUUGUAAUAUUUCAGAAAUGCUCAUUCUUUGUAGAAUAAAAAAAAAUACCUAAAAAGUUGCUCUGUGAUGAUUUUUUCAAAAUUUGUAAUGUGUUGCUCCUACAUCAGCUGUCUGGAAGUAUCCAUAACUCAUGGGAGACAUGUAAGCCCUCAAAGCUCCAUCCUGGAAGUCAGUACCCAACAAAGGCAACUGUGGACAGAGUAUUUAUAGAGCAUGACUUUUGUAUGUGUGGGAUGUCAAUGUGUAUAUUUAUAUUUAAGGUGUAUUUAUUGUUACACUUCCAUUAUCUAUUAUAUUUUACUUAUUGUACAGUGAUAAAAAUUGCCCUUGCAUACAAGUUUCUAGUGGCCAGUGAUGUUCUGAAAAU